AUGAGGACGGCCUGCCGGCUCCGAAGUUGCCGACCGGGAGGAGAGGUCGGCAGGCUUCGAGGGGGGCGAGUGGCUUCGCGGCCGCGGAGGGACGCACAGGGCAGGUUUGUGCGUUCCAGAUGCCCAGGCGGCCAGCGAAGACGGAGAGCUGACGUGGGGGUCACCACGGAGGACCCUGGCGGCGAGAGCGGUGCUUCGCUGGGGAGCUCGAAGGCGGAGCUCAACGCGCCAGAAGGGAGCAGCGCAAAGCCGUCGCGGCCGACGAAGUGUCGGCGAUGGCAGAGCGCGCGCGUGAGCGACGCGCUGCUCUCACGGCCGAAGGGGGGCGAGCCAUCCGCGGCGGCCCUGAGCCAGCUGGCCUUGGACGGGGUGGACUUGGUCCUGAAGGUUGCCACGAAGUCCGGCAGCCUGAAGGGCACGUUCACCCGCGGUCUGAAGGAGGCUGCCGCGGACAUUAAGGAGGCGGUUGGUGUCCUCCUCAACAGGACGGCCUCAGACGAGGUCGCGAAGUUGCAGGAGGAGAACGGCCGCCUCCGUGCCGACCUGGAGGACCUCCGGCGGCAAGUCGCUGCGCUGAGCGAGCAGCAACAGCGACGCACGCCGCCCACUGUCGCCGCACCGGUGGUGGCCCCGUCUCCCGCACCGAGACCGGCAAGCGCUCGUUCCGACGACGAGGUCGAGCGCAUAGUCCGAGGCGGUGUCUCGGCGCCUCCCCCCGGAAACCCUCCGUCCGCCCUAGCGGCCGACGCAAGACGGAGGACGGAGGAGCCGCCGAGGCCUGCGCCUCGCCAGGGGAAGCCCACGGGGGGCCUCAAAAAGCCCGGCGAGGGAGCCCCGCCAAGUGCUAAGCCCACGACGGCCGGCUCUAAGGGUGAGAGCUGGGCGACAGUCGUGGGCCGCAAGAAGGCCCGCAAAGCCGCAAAGGCGGACUCCGCAGCAGCGCGCGCCCCAGGCCCUACGGCAAAGGCGGCUGCGCAGCCUGCGCGACGGACUGCCAAAGGCGGUCGCAAAGGACCGGCGGUGCGUGCCCCGCGUUCCGAGGCCGUGACGCUGACGCUGCAGCCCGGGGCUGCGGAGCGCGGCGUUACGUACCAGUCGGUCAUUGCCGAGGCCAAGGCCAAGAUCAAAUUGUCAGAUCUUGGCCUCCAGUCCGUCACCGUCAGGCAGACCGUCACGGGUGCGCGGCUGUUCGAGGUGGCCGGUGCUGCGAGCGGCAGCGCCGAAAAGGCGGACGCUCUGGCCGCCAAAAUGAGGGAGGUCCUCAACCCCGAGGACGUCCGGGUCUCCAGACCGGUGAAAACCGCAGAGGUGCGGAUCACCGGUCUGGACGAUUCCGUGACCCCCGAGGAAGUGGUGGCGGCCGUUGCCCGCAGUGGAGAGUGUCCGCCGGAUAGGGUGCGGGCCGGCGACAUACGCACCGACGCCACCGGACUCGGCGCAGUCUGGGUUCGGUGCCCUGUGGCGUCGGCGAAAAAGAUCGCCUUAGCUGGCGAAGUGAAGCACUGCCAAAAAGGCAGGGAAGAGGAGCUCCAAGCCUGCCGGGGUAACCUCGCAGCCCCCGCAGGCUGGUAG